AGUUUCAUUUCGUUGCCAGUUGUUGUUUUAUUUCGUUUCGUACAGAGCUCUCUAAAGUAGAAAAUUCGAAUUUAUUUUCCCAACUCUGGGGUUUAAUCCGUGUUUUGUUGGUCUUGCGAAUUCGUGAAAGUGUGUUCUUUAGUCCGUGAAGAAGCGUGCUUCGUUUUCGCAGGUUUUUGCUAAAUUGUGCGUGUAUUUAUUGGUUCCAAUUAUGAGUACCCAUCAGUGCAGCCUGGGUAAGCUGGCCCGCCGAGGUGCCAGCCUGCAGAUCACUCCUUUGGCCGCUACGAUGCGGAGUCUAUACCACACACGGAGCAGGCCAUGUGUGGCCCAGAGCAUGGCGCCAGCGGCGCAGCCCUACAACUUCGAGCGAAGCCGGGUGCGAAAGAUCUCCGGGGUGAGGAAGACGAUGUCCAACCAGAUGCAGGGCAUGGGCCCCAGCCUGGGACAUGCCAAGGUGGCGCCCUACAAGCUCUACGGCAAGUCGCGGCUGUUCUCCUCCUCAAGCAGCCUCAACAGUCGCUUGCAGCACGAGCAGCUAGAGCAAGAGGAGGACGAGGAGGAGUACACGGGCCGGGUUUCCCAGCCCCCGCACACCACGGCCUCUUUGUCCGCCACCCAGCGGCGGUACAAUCAGGCGGCAGGAUUCGGCAAGGGCAUAGCCAUGCAAACGGCCAAAGACAUCAGCCAGUCCAUUCAGGAAGAACUAAUGGUAGUGGACGCCGACACGCGCGACAUGCUUAACUGCGAUCCCAGUCGCAAGGCGCUGCGCGACUACCACGACCAGAUGACCCAGCGGUCAAAAAACUCUGUCGACCCCAUGCAGGGUUGGAAGCAUCCAAAGAACCUCAAGUAUCUCUCCAAUCUCCCGGCCGAUAGAAGUACCAGUAGCCCGGCAGUCCAACCCGAGGAGGAAGCCCAACGGCAGGUGAGGCCCCGUCGCCGCCAGAUGAUCAUGGGUCAUGCCACUCGCAAUCUCGAUGCCCUAUCACAUCUCCCGCUUCAGCACACUUCCGGACCCAGGUUCGAGAUGUAUACCUCCAAUGCUAAGGAGAUGUUCUCGGAGCAGCGCAGCGAACUGCGUCCGCAGACAAGUUGGCACAGCCCAAAGCCAUCCGCCGAGGACAAUCCCGAGGAUCGGCUUAUGGACGUGUCUAUGGUCCGAGCAGAGCGCCCAGAUAUCACAGUGGCCAGGGGCCUCUGGAAGUCCGGGGAGGACGCACCUGCCGAAACGGAUUCGUGGUACGAGCAGCCCAAAGCAGAGCGGGAAUUCUUAAAGCAGACCUUCCUCGGCGGAGCCAGGAGUCGCCGGAAGUUGGGACAACCCCAGUUGGACGAACCCCAUUACGAGGCGGCCGACAAUACGGCCAAGAUUAGUGCCUCCCAGCAGGUGAUUAACCAAAGGUUCGCCGGCUUCCGCAUGUCGGCAAGGGGCAAUCAGAAGCAAAUUAUAGAGUCGGUGAAUCCGACACCGCAGCUCAAGCCUCAUCAAAGAGCCAUGUCGGAGCCCCGGGAUAAGCGAAGAAGACGCGGAACUGCGAAACAGGGCAUCGAACGACAGGCUGCACCUCGGUUUGUUGGGGGUGACAGCCAACCAGCUGCGGAAGAUGAGGUCGAUAAAGAGGAUUUCAGGGAGUCCAAUUGGCCAUCGCCCAGUAACUCAGUGCUCCCGAUAUCCUCUCGAAGCGAUUCUCGCCUACAAACGGAGAACAGGUCGCGUGGUCGGAAUGUCAUGGGCGAGAAGCGGGGCCCCAAAAAGUCGGCUGCCACUGAACCUGCCGUGGAGCACAACGAAAUCGCGAUGCCGCCGGGUUACAAAAAGGAGUCGGCCGUCCAACGCCUGGGAAGUGCUUCUUCCAAGCACAACAGCCGCGCCUUAAACAGCUACUAAGCAGUUGUGGCACGACCUCAGCACUUCUGAAAGUUCACUUUGAUUCCGACCAUCGUCCACAAUAGAUAGCCGCCUAGCCAUUUGGAAAUUCAAAUUCGGGAUCAAAGCCCCUAAAAGUCAACCAAAUUGAGGCCUGGAAAUCUUGUCCGCCAAGUGUAGUAUUUUCCCCGCAAACCUUAAGUAAUUUAAAUAAAA